AUGACACUACCCGUCAUAGCUGCUGGAAAAUCCCUUUUGGUGACUUUUGUGGUGGUAGAUGCUCCGAGUGCUUACAAUGUGAUCAUGGGGAGAGAUGGGAUCCAUAGAAUGGAUGGUGAGGCAUCAACCAUGUGCCAAGUGAUGAGAUGUUUGACUGACGAUGGUCUUGGUACUAUCGAUAUAAAAGGGGUUUACCUCAGUGGUGAGGUCUCUCCCCCUCCAUCUGAUAAUAACUUGUCCAUGGAGAAGUCUCUUUAUCCCUAUCAAAGUGCAGGUGACGAAAUCUCGACCAAGUCCUGGAUUCAUUCACGACUAGGUAACGAGUUCAGAACUUCGGAGCAGUCAGAUGACCUCAUUGGCGAACCGGAUGAAAAACCUCCACCAAAGUGGAUUUAUAUUCCUUUAGCACCUCUUCUCUUGGGAGAGCAACCAUUUUUGGGGAUGUCGGCACAAAGGCGGAAGUGGUAUCCCGAUGAACUCAACACAUAA